CAUGUCGUCGCUUGAAAUUAAUGAUAUUAUGAGCAAAAUGAUUUAAAUCUUGAAAAAUUUUAUGUGAGAUGAGUUAUUGCGCAUGAAUAAUUUUGCUCAUAAAAUCAACAGCAAUAGACAUGAUCUCGUAAGAAGAUAUGAUUAAUGAUUUUCAUGAUUUCCUAAUCAUGAUAUUGGUAAUUGAUACGUAUCCCUCUACUGAAGCUUAGAUGAAUGGGAAUACCGUUACCCUGUUUGUUCAAUGUGAUUGGCUUUUGAUGUUUUCACUCGAGUUUGAAGAACAAAUUUUAACCUCUAGGUAAACAGACUGCAACAUUCCUGCCUCUACCAGCUGGUGAUUGUCAAUUUACAAAAUCAAGUGUAUCGAUUCGAUAAAAGUCAAACAGAGACGGUAAAUCCGAAAAGGACGAACGAGACAUCGCGACAAGUGGCGCUGUUGGUUUUGUCUGGACGGACGCCAAACUUUGGUUGUUGAGUGUUUCUGCAUUUCACAGUGGGUAGGAUAUUUAAGGAUGACUUCCAGUAACGGCAGUAGUCAGUAACCAUUCUAGCCUGAAAAGAGCAACAGCAGAGCCGAUAGAUAUCGAUUGUCGAGGAAAAAGUAGAACCUAUGUGAUCUAAGAAAAUUUAUUAUUCAAGUGAGAGAUAGUAAGAAAAAAUGUACGCAAAAGUUAUUGUAUUUACUCUUGCUGUGAACUAUGUAACAGCAUAUGCGCUGAACAAAGAGUUUGCCCAAAAUGAAGAUAAUAGUGAAUAUUUCCGCAUUCUAUCGGAUUAUCAACGACGACUUCAAAGUGAAGGCAUCUAUUCUUCGCACUUUCAAGAUUUUCUACCGUCAAGCUUCGAUGAACUGUCAGUACUCCAGCUGAUUCCGGUCACAAUCAAACAGCUACGCCAUGCUCAACUAUCAAAAGAAGAGUGUCAUGCGCUCCGUAAAAUUUUCGGCAACCUUUGGGAUAUUAUCUUAGAAGAGUCUAGACGUAAAAACUCGGAUGUGCAAAACCCAGUUCUUUCAAUUCUUCUGAACUCUCGUGAAAUUCGACACAACAGUCGGGAAAUCUAUAAACAGCUAAACAGUGACGUUAGUGGGAAUUCAGUUCAGAAAGUGUUCACAACCGGAAACGCCAAACCAAUCCACUUAUCGGAUGACACCGCGGUGAAACCGUCUCAACGACUACUUCGCAUGGUUGCUGCCAUCGUUCAAAAAGUCUACAACGAAAGGUCUCACCAAACAUUUUCCCCGAACACUAAACCCGGCCAAUCGAAAUCCGUAACACUGGAAAAUGCAAAAGUGACAAUUAAAGUUCCUCGAAUAAAACGAUCCCCAUUUGCGGUCAUUUCAACAAACAACGAAUUGGAUUCGACUGUGCAGCCACAAGCCAACCAAGCAGGUGGCACAAAAGGAGAUCAACCAGACAUCCACAAUGACGGUAGUAUUCAUAGCAGCAAUAGUAUGGAAGAUGAUGACGACUACUACGAAGAUGAUUAUUACCCGGAACAUGUAAAAGAUAUGCGGGAGAAUGUGGUAACUGACGACACCGCCAACGAAAUUAAUAAACAGAAGCAGGAUAAAAGUGAGUUAAUAUCUUCGCAAGAUUACGCCUACGAUGAAAGUGAAGAUGAAGAUGAUUAUUUCUGGGACAUCUUCAAACCCCGUUUCAGUCCAGGACAGUUUGAGAAUCCAUCUUUUAAUGAACUGAUCAUGCUGGCGGCACGGCAUCGGGCAAAUAAACAGCUCUUGUUAGGAAAGAAAUCCAAAAACUAUAAAACGAUUGCUAGUGAUGAAUUCGAAGAUGAUUAUUGAAUCUAUCAUGUUCAAGAUUGUUCAAAAAUACUUUGUGGAAGUCAUAUCGUACACGGGUGUUAACCCGACUGUGAAUAUUAUAUAUUAGUCAGUGUAAAUAUU